AUGCAACUGCGCGGGUGCGUCGCCGCUGCUAGUAUCGACGUCAGGAGCCAGCUGUGCCGUGCGGUGUUCUUCACUGCCUCGUCUGCCGCCUUUCCGCCAUUCCUCUCACGCGUCGGCAGUGCUUCAGCCGCAUCCACCGCGGCUCAGGCCGAGCCCUUGGCGGUGAAAGGGAAGACUGUAGAAAAGUGGGUGGCCAAGUUGCGUCCUGCAAAGAUCAAUGGGAAAGUGGUCGGCGACAAAGGUGCAUCGGGGAAAACGGUCGUAAAGGUGGUGAGUGUUUCAUCUGCGAAAAACUAUCUCAUCAUUACAUAUAAACUCAUUUACGUGGACUAA